AUGACGGAAUUCCCAACUCAUGCACUCAACUUACAUGGCGGGUGCCUGUGUAAAGCCGUUCGGUAUACCAUAAAGGUGCCCCAAGCAAGUGAUCGCGGAGCCGUCAAAUUCAAGUCCCAGGCUCUGCCAGCAAAUUCACGACCUGACGGUCGUGAGAACAAGGAAGGAGCGGAGAAUGUCGUCAAUAUCGAUCUUCCAAUCAUCUCCAUCGAUCACUGCAGCGACUGCCGCCACGCCGCCGGGGCUCCAGUGCAAGCAUGGUUCAUCUGCCCGCAAGAAUGGAUAGAGUGGGAUGUAGCUGUUCUCUCCCCGGCAAAUGGUCUUGAAGAACGUGUGAAACAGACAACACUUCAGGCCUGCUCGAAAGAUGGCCAAGGGUUUUACGAAGAUGAGCCAAACCCAUAUCUAGUGCCGACUUAUUUGUCUAAAUAUUCGUCGUCGGAGGAUGUCACUCGGACCUUCUGCGCACGCUGCGGUACCAACUUCACCUAUUUCACUAAACGGCCGCGGUCUAGUCCUACUGGCUUGGUGGUAGACAUCACAAUCGGCAGCAUGAACGAUGAGAGCAGCGCAGUUACCCGUCCCACUCGGCAUGCAUGGUACGACUCUGGGAUACCAUGGCUCAGGACGCUGAUGAGAGGAGCAGGCGCAGCGAUGCCUAGAGCAAGGAAGGGCAUAUCCUUAGGUUUGAUGAGAGAAGAUGAAGAAUAA